CUCGUGGCAGAGCUGAUUCCCCUGGCUGACGUCAGAGCUGAGUGGGAGAAGAGCAGCGGCCCGCUCCACAAGCAGCGUGUGGCGCAGCACUGCGGGAUAUUUCGUGACUUGUUCAAGGGGGCCACGUUCAUCCCCUGGGUUGCUUUGAGGGUGGAGUACAGCCAAGAAGAUGAGGACCUCGUGCCAGUUUACUACGGGAACGUGGUGACUCCGUCCGAGGCUUCCAGUCCCCCUGCAGUAUCAUAUGAGGCAGAUAAAGGCUCCCUCUGGACUUUGUUGCUCACAAAUCCAGGUGGACAUUUAAGAGACACGGACUCGGAGUACCUCCACUGGCUGGUCCACAGCCUCAAGCUGCGAACCUUCAGCACGUUUGACUUCUACAGAAAGCACGAGGAUGCGAUGACGCCGGCAGGGCUGGCCUUCUUCCCCCNACGUUGGGGCCAUCUUGCUGACGUUGUGCAUCCCCCCCUUCCAGAUAUGAGGGAGCCCGUGUUCGAGUUCGUGCGCCCGCCCGUUUACCAUCCUCCACAAGUGAAGUUUCCUCGCCAGCAGCCUCUGAGGUACCUGGACAGAUACCGAGACAGCGAGGAGCCCACCUACGGCAUCUACUAG